GUUUGAGAAUUAUCCAUGGGGGAGAGUCGCGUUUAAGGUGCUGAUGGACUCUUUGUGAAACAAAGAUAUUACUGGCUGUUACACCGUGGAUGGGUUUAUACAAGUUCUUCAGGUCUGGGCGUACACAGCUAUUCCGGGGUUGGGUGCUAGUAUUGGUCUACCCAGAGCAAACAGUCCGUCUCCACCGAUUCUGGCUUACGAGGGCAGCAGAGGCCGCAGAUUCAUGAAAGCUGCUAUCUUGAGUCAGACCCGCGUGAUCAACUUUGUUGAGAAGGACAUUAGUGAAAUGUGGCCAAAAUGGGACUCUGAGGUUGAUGACGUGCCCGCGGAGAACAUCAUUAAAGUCAUGUAUGAUCGGAGACCGUGGAAGUGGACCAUGGAUUGCUGGGAAGUCACUGGUACAAAACCCAAGUUUGUGACUCCAUCGAAAAGAGCCAAAGAGAUGGUUGUGGAGGAGGUGGAGGAAGACAAUCAGAGACCUCGGAAGAAAGCUCGUAAAGAGGCUCCUAAAGAGGCUCCUAAAGAGGCUAGAGAAGAGGCUCCUACAGAGGCUAGAGAAGAGGCUACAGAAGAGGCUAGAGAAGAGGCUAGUUGGGUGACCAGAGAGGAGUUAGAAAAUAUGUUCAAGGGCUUAGGUGACAUGAUGAAAGAUGGGUUUAAGAAGUGCAUCAGGGAGAUUAGGAAGAUCUCCGAUAGAUUGGAAGCUGUGGAGAAGAAGGUUGGUGUCACCAAUCAGGCUACCCCUCAAGCCCCAGAAACCGGGGUUAGUAACAAACAGCCUACCCCACAAGCCCCAGAAACCGGGGUAGUAACAAACAGACUACUCCUCAAAAGGAUCAGCCUACACUUCAAACCAAUCAUCCUACUCCUCCCACCAGACAGCCUGCUCCUCAAAAGGCAAAGCCUACUCCUCAAAAGGCAAAGCCUACUCCUCAAACGAAACAGCCUGCUCCUCAAACUAAACAGCCUGCUCCUCAAACUAAACAGUCUGCUCCUCAAACGAAACAGCCUGCUCCUCAAACGAAAAAGCCUUCUCCUCAAAAGAAACAGCCUUCUCCUCUGCCCAAAGAGAGAUUGUUGCCGGAGGAUACAGCAGAUGAGGCGAUCUCGGUAUAUAAGAUCUUGCCGGAGGAUAAAGCAGAUGGUGUCACCUCCAAAGAGAUUGUUCCUCUCACUUCCACUGACCAACCGAGCUUCGCUUCCAACGAUCAACAACCGAGCUUCGCUUCCACCGAUCCAAGCGUUCCAGUUUCAGAACCGAGCCUGGUUGUAUUGGACCAAACAGCUCCCACUGCUUCUGUGCGUGCAAGGAGUGAACGAACGAAGAAACCUGCUCCCACGCAGAUAUCUCCUUAUACGGCAGAGAGAAGGAAACUCCUUAGAGUGGGAAAGUAUAAUCCAUUUCCCACACUAAACAGACCUAAGAUGAAGGAGCUCACUGAUUGGUUGAAAACUGAUCCGUAAGUGAUUGCUUUACCCAUAAUAGCUUGAUUUAGUCUACCAAAACUGAUUGCUUUUUUGUUUGCAGUGAUUAUUUCACUAAGGAAGAGGACAAACCACGUACAUCACCAACUUGGUGGUAUCAAAAACUCCAGACAUCCAAAGCAUGGCUGGAAGACGUACAUAUAGAUGCUUGGAUGAAUGUGCUGAGGCAGAGGUAUAAGGAGAACCCACAAUGUUUCCGGAGCGAGCGAAUGUGCUUCCUGGAUCACAACUUUACCCAGUCUUGGAGAGAACAGUAUCUGUUCUUCAAAGCAUCGUCGUCUGAUCACAAUGGUUUAGGAAAAAUGCUACCUAGUGGGGC